AUGACGCCUCGCAUACAAUAUGCUGGUGAGAAAAUCUCCUGGGAACCAUGUGGCGAUGUCAGCGGUCGUCCAGUUGAGUGCUCCAACAUCACGGUGCCAAUGGAUCAAUUUGACGCCGCCAACUCCGGUGACAAGACAUUCAGCAUCCCAUUGAUCCGCAUGCGUGGCAAGAAUGCUACGCAAAAUCUGCUCCUGAACCCUGGUGGACCAGGCGGUAGCGGCACUGAGUUUGUCUUCCGUCGUGGCAAGCAGCUGGCCGAGAUUGUUGGUGAGGGUUUCCAUCUGCUCUCAUUCGACCCGAGAGGUAUCAACGCUUCGCGACCGCUAGCCGAGUGCUUCCCAACUCGCGAGUCGAGGAGGUUGACGGAUGGAACGAGGACUUCCGAGGUCGAGCACGACAGCGCGGAGGCCUACGCUUGGAGUUUGAACUUGGCUCAGGCGUGCAAAGAUACCAUGAGCGAGCAUGGAGGUUACAUCAACACGCCGCAGACUGCCGCGGACAUGAACAGCAUUCUGGAUGCUGUUGGACAGGAGGAUCUUACAUAUGCCUCCCUAUUCCCCGAGAGAUCAUCGCGCGUCAUAAUCGAUGGAGUAGCCAAUGCAUUCAACUGGUACAGCGAUGAGGUCGACAUCGAAUCGUUCACCAACACCGAGGACGUAUUGGAAGGCUUCUUCGACGAGUGCAUCAAAGCUGGCAAGAACUGCACCCUAGGCGAGCUCGCCGACUCCAAGCACAAACUGCACAAGCUCGUCUUUGACUUCUCGGACAAACUCAAGGAGCAGCCCAUCAGCGUCUACGUCAACAACACAAUGUACGGUAUCCUCACCUGGGAGAGUGUCUGGUUCAACGGCAUUUUCCCUUACAUGUACCGCCCCUCCGGUUGGUACUCGCUCGCGGACAACCUCGCCAAGCUCCUCAAAGGUAACGCCACCGAUGCUUGGCUUGCGUAUGGUCGUCAAGCGGCCUGGGAAAUGGAAGGCGAAGGCAAUCGCUUUGUGACUACCAACGACGCCUUGUCUGGGCCGGAGUACUGGCCUCAUGAUCGCCAGUCCAUGCUUGAUGAACUUCUGCCAAAGCUCAACCAGAGCAUCUUUGGACCGACGGAGAACAGCGACUACUAUAACCGUCAGAACUGGGCGAUUCCAAGGACUCACAACUUCUCCCAGCCCGAGAGCGUGCACACCGCACACCCGCUUCUGAUUCUUUCCACGACCUACGAUCCUAUCUGUCCUCUCGUCUCCGCCAAGACGGCGCUUAAAGCGUUCAAAGGGUCGCAGUUGAUCGAGGUAGAGGGCUAUGGCCACUGCUCGGUGGCUGUGGCUUCGACCUGUCUGGCGAAGCACGUCCGAGACUUCUUGUACAAUGGCACCGUGCCGGACCAGUACACGAAGUGCGAGGUCGAUGGGUCGUAUUUCAUCGUGCCGGAAGAGGAUGGCAAGGUCGUGGCUCAGAAGAGUUUCGAGACUACCGAACAGGAGAAUAUUCACCUUGCACAGUUGGAGCUGGCGAGGGACUGGAAGUAUUACUAUCAUUGA